AUGGAUUACAAGAAGUUCCUGAUAUUUGGAGAUUCUAUCACUGAAUUUGCGUUCAAUACUAGACCAAAUGAAGAUGAAGAAGAUCAGUAUGCUCUCGGAGCUGCAUUAGUUAACGAGUAUACGAGAAAAAUGGAUAUCCUCCAAAGAGGGUUCAAAGGAUACACCUCUAGAUGGGCGUUGAAGGUUCUUCCUGAAAUCUUAGAAAAUGAAUCUAACGUUGUCAUGGCCACCAUUUUUUUUGGCGCUAAUGACGCAUGCUCAGCCGGCCCUCAAAGCAUUUCUCUCCCUGAAUUUGUCGACAACAUACGUCGAAUGGUGUUUGCAAUGAAAGCGCAGCAAAUUCGACCUAUUAUAGUAGGCCCAGGAUUAAUAGAUAGAGAGAAGUGGGACAGAGCAAGGCCUGAAGAAGUGGCUCUCGGGCAUCUGCGUACCAACAAGAAUUUUGCCAUUUACUCAGAUGCCUUAGCAAAGCUAGCCAGUGAGGAAAAAGUUCCUUUUGUGAACUUGAAUAAGGCAUUCCGAGAGAAAAGUGGCGAUUCCUGGAAAAAGCUGCUGACAGAUGGACUGCACUUUUCUGGAGAAGGGUACGAAGUCUUUCAUGACGAACUAAUGAAAGCAAUCAAGGCAUUCUACCCACAGUAUCAUCCACAAAACAUGGAAUACAAACUAAAAGAUUGGAGGGAUGUAUUAGAUGACGGCUCCAAUAUAAUGCUUUGA